GCCGGUGACACGGCGUGCCGCCGCCGCCGCCGCCUCACGCCCCAGUCGCCCUCAGCAUGGAGAAGGAGGAGCAGCGAGCAGACCGGCCGCGUGGUUGGGCCGGCCCCGGUGCCGGCAUGGCCGGCGUGCUCUCGCUGACGAGCAUGGUGCUCUGCCUGGGGUUGGCACUGCUGGAGGUGAACCACAUGCAGCAGAGCGCGGUGCUGCGCAGCCAGGUGCUGACCCUCCAGCGGCGCCUGGAGAGAGUGGAGGCCGGCCUGGCUUCCGGCGAGUCAGUGUCGCCGCAGUUCCGGCAGCGUCGCUCUGUGAAUGGCCCGGCCCCGCAGACCAACGCUGCUGGCAUCCCUAUCGUGGACCGCCCGUACGGCCACCGGCCGGGCCACCAGCCCCGCACAGACGGACUGCAGGUGUACGACAGCUUCUCCAGCGGGAAGGCCGGCAGCGACGGCACCAUCCUGCCGCACCACAGGAGCAGCGCCGCCUUCCGCACCGGCAAGCUGGGUCGAGUCAACGCGGCCGAGGCGGCGCCCCAGGCGUCCACCGACCCGCGCACCACGGACCGGCCGCGCGCCGCCCAGGCUGGCGUGCAUCACCGGCGCUCCCGCGUGCGACAGGCCCGCAGGAGAAGCCGACCCCGCGCCGUGGCCCGCCGCCGCGCCGGCGCCGCCCGGCCCAAGGGCCGGUCGACGGCGGAGGCGCGCCGGGCGCCCAUCGGGUUCGCGGCCCCCUCCAGCGGCAGCGGCGGUCACAAGUCGAGGUCGGGCCACGGCAGGAGCAAGCGGCUCAUGCGCAUGAUGGAGCAGAUGCGCGACUCGCUCAGCGUCACCGCCGCCCACUUCGAGGGUCACACCGCCAACUACACGCUGUCACACCCCCACUACGCAGGUAACGGUGUGCUGCGCAACAGCCAGCCGGACGGCAUGUUCGCCGACUGGCGACACGCCGCCUGGAUGAGCCGCCACGGCUUCAGCGACGAUUUCCAGUUGUACGGCGGCCAGGUGACCGUCCGGCGACCCGGCGUCUACUACAUCUACGCCCAGAUCAAUUACUUUGAUGUCAGCGACCUCAAUGGGUUUGAAAUCCGCGUGGACAGCCGCCCGAUCGUGACGUGCCUGACGAUGGAGGGCAGCGACAACAAGCAGAAGGCCAACACGUGUCACACCAGUGCUGCCACCUACCUGAAUUCAGGUGAUUCGGUCACCAUCCAUGACCUGCAGCGGCUGCGCAUCUCUCAGUUCCUACCGGACCGUAGCUUCUUCGGCCUGGUGAGGCUGGCCGGCACGGCCAGGUAGCUCGCCGACGGAGCGCGGGGC